GCAACCUAUGGCGCGUGGUGACCCUUGCACUUCCUGAUAUGCACGUGCCCUUUUCUUGAUAACUUUCUUGAUAAGCCAUUUGAGUUUGAAUAUAUUUAUAUGUUCAUAUGGUUUUCCUCCUAUUUUUGUUUAAAUUGUGCUUAUACAAUUUGUUUGUACCCGAUCAAUCAAUAUUUCAAGGUUGCAACUUAUCCGACUCGAAUAAGUAACAAGUUCGCCAUUAGUUUGGCAGACUUUUACCGUUCUUAUUAUCCAUCUGUCAUGAACUAUGAUAAAAAAGAUAAAGCACACCUUUAUAUUCCGAUCGAGAAGGUGUACAACUUUAGUCUUUGAACGACAAAUACAGCCUCAAAAUGUAUUUCAGAACAAUUUCAACAGUUUUACUCGGAAUUUUUGGUCUCGCCAUGGCCCAGAUUCCGCUCACCUUUGAUCUUUCGAAAGAUCAGAUCUUCGUCCAGGGAAACUGGUACAAUAAGGACGGGUCCAAUGGAAAGUCGGUGGUCACGCCCCAUGCCUUCUUCACCCAGUGCAUGCAUCAUGAAAAUGCGUCCGGUUGUGACACGACUUGGUCGCAGAGAUACUGGGUUAACACGAAUUACUAUCAACCUGGACGACCAAUUUUUAUAGAACUUGCAGGAGAAUGGGAUGCGGCUGGGGAUGUGGAUGGAGGUUACUGGCACGCCUAUGCGAGACAAUAUAACGCCAUGCUUAUCGUGUUGGAACAUCGAUUCUACGGACAAAGUUUUCCAGUUCAAAACCCGGCUGUCCGCGACUUGUGGCUGAUGACGAGCCAGUUGGCACUGGCAGAUGCGGCUAAAUUUAUUACCGAUUUUACCGCAAAUAAUAAUCUGAAUGGGACAAGUUGGGUGUCAUUUGGCUGUAGUUAUGGAGCUAAUUUGGCAGCAUGGUUCAAACUGAAAUAUCCAAAUCAUGUGAAAGCUGCAGUGUCCUCAUCUGGACCGGUUGAAGCACUUUAUGAUUAUCCAGGAUACAUGAAGACAGUAUCGGAAGUGGUUCAAGAAAUCGACGAUGUCUGCCAUGACAAAUGUACGACACAUUCGGCUGCAUGGAAGCACUGGUUAAUGGGAGUGAAAAUUCUUGUGAUAUUUACGAGACGCCUGAUGACUUACUUUCACCACUCAAGUGGUGUCACUCUGUUGACUGGGAUGGCAUCAGCAAGGAACAAAUGUUCCUCUCUCUCGGAAUGAAUGUUUGGGCGGAUAAUGCUCCGUCCGGUAAGGUCACAACGGCAUGCAACAUGCUCGGUCAAAUCGAUGGGGACGACAAUGUCCAAAUUUAUGGAGACUUUAUGGAAGCCAUGGGACAAGAUGGGGGGUGUUCAAGCAUGAAAAAGAGAAUGGAGGAGCGCGAGAAGUUUUUAAUGUCGCAAGAAGCUUGGCAAAGUGGUGCGGCGGGAUGGGAUUGGCAGACGUGUAAUGAAUUUGGAUAUUUUAUGUCGUCUGAUCCAACUUAUGGUACAUACGGGAGAAAUACUUAGUCAGGGGAUGUUUACGGUCAGGGUUGUGGCAGAUAUGGAUCACAAAUUGCAACCAGCAAUGCAUACUAUGGGGGCAAGGAUCUAGACUCAAGAUGUAUCAUAUUUGUUCAUGGAACAUGGGACCCGUGGCACACGCAAGGGGUUACGACGCCAGAAGCUGAUAACACCGUGAUUGUCGUUCCAAGGACUGAACAUUGUGCGGAUAAUGGAAAUCCAACCACACCCGAGAUGGCUGCCGCUCAGGCGCAAAUUAUGACCCAAAUUGGAACCUACCUGAGUGACCCGAUGUGCUAAUUUAAAUAUUUUAAUAACUUUUUAGCUCCUAUUGCAAUUAAUGUAUAUCUAAAUGCACAACUAUUUUUCAUAUGACUUCUAUUUUACGAGUGAGGUUAAUGAAUUGGGUAUGAUAGGUAAUAAAUUCGCGUAAAUAUAUUACAAAUAGGUACAUGAAUUUACUUAUAUACAUAGUAAAACUUCUAUUCUAUUGACUAUCGCAGAUUUGUUGGACCCCGAUUGUACUGAUACCGUACAUAUGAAUACUGUAUGUAUUUUACUCGAUAAACUGGCAUACGUGCAUUCCUAUAAAGCCCAAAAGACCAUUUAGCCUAUUUUCCACCUCUGAGAAAAAGUGAGAAUGAUGCUCCCAAGCUCGCUAGUUAAGUAUGCAUGUUAAGUUAAGAAUUAAGAUGAGAUAAGGACUAGCCUAAGAAUUAUUAAUCCUUAAUCCAAUUAGUAAUGCGUUCAUCCUAAAGGUACGUUUCACUCGUUAACAACUUGCAGCAAUGUUGUAGCUUAACUAUGGCGCAAGUUACCAAGAAGUAAAAUAUAUAUAAUCUGAGCUCUGAUAACAAUGAUAAAAAAAAGUUUCAUUAUGUUUUUCAAUGAAUAAUAAUCACA